AUGUUCAAGAGUCCUUCUGGUGUCCUCAUCCAUCUUGAAUCAAGGACUUGUCCUUCCGGAACAACCCCAGCUCAGAUUGACGAGUGGGCCUUCGAGCUCCCCCUAAGUGAGGACUAUACCAACGACCGGUACAGCCGCAACAAAUAUCGGUGUUCCGUGUGCGACUCGAAUUUUCCCAAACUCAGCGCGCUGUUUCAACAUGUGGAGAGUCCAGCUUGCAGUGCAAAUUUUUCCUACUAUUCAAACAUGGAAGAUUUGCGAGCUCACAUUGAAAACGAAGUCGAGGAUAUGGUGGAUGGUUCAAUGGAUGGUUCAAUGGAUGAUUCGAGUGAUGGUUACCCAUGGUAG